AGGGGACCAUCUUGGGCGUGUGGUGGUAGUGGAGGUGGAGAGAGGGGGUGUGGGCGGUUGCGGUAUUGGUUAGUGGAAGAUAAGAACUUACCACCAUACCAACUCAUCAGUUUUUUUUUUUUUUAUACUUUGUUACAUGUCUAAGUCACACUGCUCACUGAUAUCUUCCUUUCUUCUCUUUUGAAUAGUUUACAGUACUCUAUUUUUUUUUGUAUCAUCACUACUGUUAUUUGUUUUCUCAAUGAUUUUUCUCAACACACACAACAAGAGAAAAAUAUUAAGUUCAAAUACAUUUUUUCUCCCUUUAAUGAAUUCACACCCCCGUUUUUCAUAUUAGUACGCUUUAUGAUGUACUAAUAUAUUUUUUUUAACUGCAUCACUCGAGUCAAGUUCUUUAUAAAUGCCCACCUCUCUCUCUCUCUCUCUCUCUCUCUCUCUCUCUCUCUCUCUCUCUCUCUCUCUCUCUGAAACAUCAAGGGGUGACUAAAAAGAAAGAAAGAAAAAAAUGGUCUCGUUACCUCCGUAUUGUUAUUGGGAAACUAUACUUUUUUUCCUGUACUGCCUCAUUAUUGUAAAACUUUGAACAUUAUUACACUCCGCCAUACAAUCUCUUCAAGAACGCGUACUUCAUUCCAUCGUCACUGCAACACACGCUUCCUUCAUUUCACUUCAGUACAACACCACACAUUUUUAAGUUACUCGUUUUCAUUGCAACACUUCAAACUUUUCAGUAACCCAUUUUCAUCCCAACACUCCAUUCCGUCACCAUUGCAAUAUACUUUUUUCCGCAAACAUAUUUCCUCCUCCUCGCAACACUCCAAUCCGUCACCUCUGCGAAACACUGAUCCAUUUCAUUCCAUUGCAACACUCGACUUCGUUAUUUUUCAUUCAGUUUCCUAUAUAGCCCUUCAUUUCAUUCCAUUGCAACACUCGACUUCGUUAUUUUUCAUUCAGUUUCCUAUAUAGCAACACUUCACUACCUUACAAUUUUCCGUUUUCUAAUUUCAUUGCAACACUCGGUCAUCUCUACAACACUGACCCUUCCUUCAUUCAGUUUCACCGCAACACUCACUUUUGCAAAACAAAUUUCCUUUACUUAAUUUCACCGCAACACACUAACAACCACCGCAUCGUCACUGCAACACACUAUGCAUAUACACUUCAUUAGCUCCUCGUAACACUCCACUUCAUCUGCAAUACAUCUUUCCUUCAGUCAAGUCCACAUACAGCAACACUCCACCUCAACACUCCACUUUGCUCGAAACACAAAGAUGAAACACUGUAGUACAUGCUGCUCCUCUGCUUAUGACUCGCUUACUGCAAAAUGAGAAGUAGAAGACGAAAAAGAAGACGAAGAGAAGGAGAGGAAGAAGGAAAAUGAUGAAUAAAAAGAAGAUGAAGAAAAGAACAAAAACGUUAGACCAAUAUCGUUUCUACUCUCGUCACUCACUGAAUAGAACAACCACACAUUAAUUUGGAUCAACACAAAGCCUGAUAAUAAAACCAACAUCACAUACUCUCAUUGCCCCAAAUACAACACACACACACACACACACACACCAAAAAAAUGACAUUACCCUAAUAACUUGUAAUCUCAGUACUAGGCUUCCCCAUUAUCCACUUUCACGGACCUCCAGAGCCUAGGCCAUUAAAUACAAUAAGUCAUUAAACCGCCAUUACACAAGCCAUUACAAAAGAUACGAAUGGUAAUUACACGCAGAAGUCAAUUAUUAGAUACGCAGCUUAAGGCGGAAUUAUGGUGAUUAGGGUGAUGUAAUUAGUGUGGUGCAAUAAUAGGCUACGGGAUGUCAUUACACGUGUUUACAGAGCUACGUGACUGAAUGGAAAAUAAUUAAUAUACGUAAAACAUUAUAUACAUUCUUUCUGCGGGAUAUUAUUAUGUAGAAGUUUACGACUUUUCUAUCUGGCAAAAAUUUCAUACUAGUAAAAUAAGACUUCAAGGGAGAUCUUAGGCUAGUACGGUAGAAAUUUUACGUUUUAUGCUAUUAGAAAUUUAAGCUAGUGGAUAUUUUAGGCUAGUAGGAAUUUUGUCUUUUGUUAGUUGAAGUUUGGUGGCAGUAGAAAUUAUAUGCUUGUAAAACAAAAUUAAAAAACGGGAAAGAAAGAAAAAUCUCCGUUAAAAAUUUACUGUAAGACGUUAAAAAUGAUCAAUGGAAAUACAUAGAAAAAGAAUCCUCAGCUAAAAAAUCACUCCAACUAACAAGGUGAAAAGGGAACCAAGCAAAGUAGUAAAUAGAUAAAUAAAGCAGAAAAUUGAAAGAGAUUAGUGCACCGUUGGGGAGGCGGAGGCAGUGACGUCACUCUCGCUUGAAAACAACACAACAUGGCGCCGCGGAGUGUCGUCGUUGUCUUGUUCUUUGUGGUGUUUCUCGCUCUGACAGACCGAUCACAGUGCGUCCCUCUAGCCGUCCAGAGCAUCAAGACAACGUGGGUUUAGUGGGAAGGCUCACAACCUGCCCCGGUGACUACAUAAACAGACAGCGCGGAGGGCCGGGCGUGAGUGGUGCAGCGGAUCCUGGUGCUUCAGGCCGCUGGGAGGCGUGCUGAGCGCUGCCGCCGCCAAUAAUCCCGAGCUGGUGACGCUGAUUUAUGAGCCACGGUGCUGCGGGGUCACGCGGCGCGCCUCAGGGAUCCAGCAGCCGCAGCUCAGCGGGGCCUUGAUGAGCCCGGGGGCGGCGGGCGUCACGGCGGCCGAGCGUCCAUGGUGGUGAGGCGGCGGCGCGCUGCUCGCCAGGACCACGGCUGUAGUUGACGAUUCGUGCGGGCGGCGAGGCGAGGACCUCAGGCAGGGCGGCGUGCACGGGGGACAUGGAGCUGGUGACGGGGCGGGGCGGGGCGCGGCGCGGACGUGCGGUGGUGGGGCUGGAUGUGGUGAGCCACACACUGCCCCGCUCCUACCGCGCCCCCGCCCAGCACCCCUGCUGUCCGCUGCCCGCCUCCCCGCCGCCAGUCCCGCCCCAGGACGAGGUGUGCAGCGAGCCAGACUGCCUCGGCUGCCACCCUGACCUCUGCUCAGAGGACCCAAACCUCCACUGCAGCGCCUUCUCGCCCUACUCCGCCCACCAGCCCCCCGCCACGCCCCCAGGCGACUGGCGGGAGAAUGACGGGGGCGAGUGCCCCUCCUGUAAGUACGCGGCGCCGCCUCCCUGUGCCUGCCCCGACCCCAGCUGCCGGGGCACCAACCGGCCGCCCCCGCCCUGCCCCUGGGACUACUGCCCGCCCCACCGGGAGGCUCCGGUGCACGGCCACACACACAUCGCCCACGACGUGCACGACGCCCACGACCUGUACCGGGGCAGGGCGGCCUCGGACUGCUCGCUCCCCAAACUCCUGAGCCUUGAAGAGCGCCUCAGCACGGCCCUGGGACGCCCCCCGGACCCCCACACACACUACCACCCCUGCGGCAACAACUCCAGGGUCAGCCUCAACAGCUACGCUCCCCACGCCGCGCCCCCCGCCUACCUCCCCCAUAACCACGUCUACCCCCCCGAGGCGUUCCCCCCGGCGGGCUCUCGUCUCAGCAGGAGCCUCGAGGACCUGCCGAAGGACAUUAAGGACCAUAUUCUGAGGUGUCAAUGUUCCUGCGACCACAUGGGAUACGGGAACUUUUCGGGCACGUCGCUCCACCGCCUGCCCGGCCUCAGCAACGGGUGCUCCUCGCUCAGCACCAAGAACAGCAGCCGCGAGGACUUGUCUCAGGACCUUACGCAGCUCAGCGACACGCACAAAGGCGGCUGGCUAGGCGUGGAGGUACCGGCGCACGUGUGGGGGGGCGUGUGUCUGGUGCUGGUGCUGGCGGGCGUGGCGGGCGUGGGGGUCAGCGUGCCCCUUACCCUGCGUGCUGACCCUGCCGCUGACCAAUCCCAGAGGCUCAGCGCGGCCGUGGAGCUGCUGAAGGAUGUGCCGUUGAUUGAUGGGCACAACGACCUGCCGUGGAACAUCCGGAAGUUCAUGCACAACAAACUUCACAGCUUCAACUUCACGGCGGAACUGAAGCAGCUGCGUCCAUGGUCCCGCUCCUCGUGGUCCCACACCGACCUGCCGCGCCUGAAGGAGGGCAUGGUGGGGGCGCAGUUCUGGGUGAGCUACGUGCCGUGCGAGGCCCAGCGUCUGAACGCCGUCCAGCUCACCAUUGAACAGAUCGACCUUAUCAAGCGGCUCAUCGAACAGUAUCCAGACGACCUACGCCUUGCUACCUCCGCCGAUGAGGUGGAGGCGGCCUUCCGUGAGGGUCGCAUCGCCAGUCUGAUCGGUGUGGAGGGCGGACACGCCAUACAGAACUCCCUGGGCGUGCUGCGGGCGCUUCGAGACCUGGGCGUGCGCUACCUCACCCUCACACACACCUGCAGCACGCCGUGGGCCGAGUGUGCGCGCGCGGACGAGAGUGACCCCGAGGACCCUAACUCUCCGCGAGGACUCACACACUUCGGAAGGACGGUGGUGCGGGAGAUGAACCGCCUGGGGCUGCUGGUGGACCUGUCUCACGUGUCCCAGGCCACGAUGAGGGAGGCGCUGGAGGUGUCCCGCGCGCCCGUCAUCUUCAGCCACUCCUCCGUUUACGCCAUCUGCAGGAACCCUAGAAACGUACCCGAUGACAUCCUGCAACGUGUGGCUCUCAAUGGCGGCGUGGUCAUGGUCAGUUUCUACACACACUUCCUGACGUGCAGCGAGACGGCGACAAUGAGCGACGUGGUGGAUCACAUAAACCACGUACGGAAGGUCGCUGGAGUACAACAUGUCGGUAUCGGCGCAGACUUCGACGGCGUUAACAAGUUACCGGAGGGCCUCGAGGACGUGUCUCGCUACCCGCACCUCUUCGCCGAGCUGAUGGCGGACCCGACGUGGACCCCGGAGGACCUGAAGAAGCUGGCGGGUCAGAACCUCCUGCGGGUGAUGAGGGACGCCGAGCGGGUCCGGGAGAUGAUGAGCCAGCAGGGCGUAGCGCCGCACGAAUGGGAAGUGCCGUCCUCGCAGCUGCCGAGCCCUAACAACUGUUCCUACGAGUUCACGAAGCGGACGGACGACUAGCGGUGAGCCUCGUGACCCGCCCCGCCCCGCCACGCCAUGCCCCGCCGACCCUCACGUGUUUGGGGGUUAGUCCUGCGGGGUUCGGGGCGUCUCAGGGAGUCCCGUAAUUUAAGGGGAUAUUACACUGGGCAUAUUUUCCGUGGAUCUUCAGUCAAACCACGAUUUCCGCUAGCGUGGUUCUCAUUUGUUUCUUGUUAUUGCUGAUGAUGAUGAUGGUGAGUAAUACCGUCGUCCUUCAGUGAAAUCUACCGUAGUUUUGGAAGAUCGUGGACACGUCAGAAAACCACGGAAAUAGGAGAACCACGCCAGCGGAAAUCGUGGUUUGACUGAAGAUCCACGGAAAAUUUGCCCAGUGCAAUAGCCCCUUAAGCCUGUUAGAAGGUCGAGCAAAGUCCUCAAGUCCUCCUCUCCUCUGAUCCAAAUCCUUCUUCUGUUUGGGGUCGAGUGGCUCUGUGGGUGCGGUGCUUGACUCGCUGUUGAAAGGUUGCGAGUUCGAUCCCAGCUCUCGGUAGCCUCUCCGCUCUCUUGUAACCAUGGCAGAGCUACGUAUGUGGUCUUGGCUGUCUGGCUCGGAAGGAUUCUUUAGUCAGGUAUUUCACUCUGUUCUUUUCGCUUCAUAUCUAUACCUCUCAUCUCUCAUUCCUUUAAGGGGGCUUCCUGGUGCAGUGGUUAGCACACUCGGCUCACAACCGAGAGAGCCCGGGUUCGAUUCCCGGGCGGAGUGGAAAAAAAUUGGCGGCUUUUCCGAUACCCUACGCCCCUGUCCACCCAGCAGUGAAUGGGUACCAGGUAUUAAUCAGGGGUUGUGUCCCGUCUCCUGGGGUCUGUUCCCUUCUCUUAUAAUUCCUUCCCCGUCUGUCUCUCUCCGGCAUAUGACCACAGAUGUUGCGCCGACUAAACGAAACUUUCCAACUUUUUCUCAUUCCUUUCCUCCCUUCAUCCUAUGUGUGUGUGUGUGUGUGUGUGUGAGAUGGUUUUCAUUUUCUUUCCUCCCUCUCCAUUUUCUUCCAUCCACCACUUAAGAUCCCCACUCUCUCUUCCUUUCUUUCCUCUCCUCGCUGAUCACUUCCUUUCCACACACUACCCCUCCCUCCUCCUCCUCCUCCUCUGAUUACCUCUCCUCAGCUUAUCUCUCUUCCUGCCCGCCUCUCAUCACCCUGCCGCUCCACAAUCACUCCUCCGCGCCCUUCUCACUCUUUGGACUUCGAGGACUUUGCUUACGAGGCUAGGAUAAGAAAGGAUGUGAGGACGAGGUGGUGGGCGGUGGUGAGGGCGGCUCUGGCUGUGUUGAGGCGUUGCUUGCCCUCCCCGCCGCCCGCCCAGGACUCGGUAAGAUUAGGUGUUCAUUGUAGAGGUGAUUUUAUGUAAUAGGACGGCAUUGUUCCCAGACUGACCCGCUUUCCGACUUCUCCUUUCGUUCCUUACCCCGAAAACAGGCUUCGAAAAAUACCUUCUGAAAUUUAGUUAUUAUUUUUGUGUAUUGAGUGGGGCGAGCAAGGUUAUUAUUUUGUUGAGGUUAGAUUACUAGUUUAUUAAAGCAAGAUAGCGUAGUUCAGUUUUGAUGGGGUCAGGGUAAUAUUUCAAUGGAUCCUGAUAGCUAUUUCAGAGAGGCAAUGAUAUUUUUUGUUUUUUUUGCUGGGGUCAUUGUUUUGUGAGGUCACUUUACCCUUUUUUGCAAUUACUGUUUUGCGAGGUCGUUACUCUUUUACUGGGGUCAGGUCACAGUCCUUUUGGUACGCGAGGCAGUCUGUGAUGAUGGUCAAUUUCCCGAUGCUGUUCUGUUAUCUAGAACGGCCGUGUUAAGGUUCAGGAUCCCGGGCGCAUAUUCCCGAUCUCCCUACGGGUAUGUGGUCCCUGAGUCAAGACGCUCGGCUGUAGCUUCGACAAUAACCACGGGAUACUCUGGAAAAUACUCUCAAUGUCAUUCUCAGGAAAAUACUCUCAAUGUCAUUCUCUGGAAAAUACUCUCAUUGUCAUUCUCUGGAAAAUACUCUCAUUGUCAUUCCCUGGAAAAUACUCUCAAUGUCAUUCUCUGGAAAAUACUCUGUCAUUCUCUGGAAAAUACUCUCAUUGUCAUUCUCUGGAAAAUACUCUGUCAUUCUCUGGAAAAUACUCUCAUUUUCAUUCUCUGGAAAAUACUCUGUCAUUCUCUGGAAAAUACUCUCAUUGUCAUUCUCUGGAAAAUACUCUGUCAUUCUCUGGAAAAUACUCUCAUUGUCAUUCUCUGGAAAAUACUCUGUCAUUCUCUGGAAAAUACUCUCAUUUUCAUUCUCUGGAAAAUACUCUGUCAUUCUCUGGAAAAUACUCUCAUUGUCAUUCUCUGGAAAAUACUCUGUCAUUCUCUGGAAAAAACUCUCAUUGUCAUUCUCUGGAAAAUACUGUCAUUCUCUGGAAAAUACUCUCAUUGUCAUUCUCUGGAAAAUACUCUCAGUGUCAUUCUCUGGAAAAUACUCUCAAUGUCAUUCUCUGGAAAAUACUCUGUCAUUCUCUGGAAAAUACUCUCAUUGUCAUUCUCUGGAAAAUACUCUGUCAUUCUCUGGAAAAUACUCUGUCAUUCUCUGGAAAAUACUCUCAUUGUCAUUCUCUGGAAAAUACUCUCAAUGUCAUUCUCUGGAAAAUACUCUCAAUGUCAUUCUCUGGAAAAUACUCUCAUUGUCAUUCUCUGGAAAAUACUCUGUCAUUCUCUGGAAAAUACUCUGUCAUUCUCUGGAAAAUACUCUCAUUGUCAUUCUCUGGAAAAUACUCUCAAUGUCAUUCUCUGGAAAAUACUCUCAAUGUCAUUCUCUGGAAAAUACUCUCAUUGUCAUUCUCUGGAAAAUACUCUGUCAUUCUCUGGAAAAUACUCUGUCAUUCUCUGGAAAAUACUCUGUCAUUCUCUGGAAAAUACUCUCAUUGUCAUUCUCUGGAAAAUACUCUCAUUGUCAUUGCCACUCAAAAUUACCUGAGCUGUCUUCAUAUGAUAACUUAACCUAACCUAACCUAACCUAACCGAACCUAACCUGCCCUGUUCAAGAAUGGGCGCCACAUACCCGUACAGAGAGGGGAAAUAUGCAUCCCGGACUGAGGGGCUUCGCGGGUACCUGCCGAACCUGAGGCCAAGCAAACCACGACGCGCCGAUAGGACCACAAAUUGCAUCAGUCCGUAGCGGAAUUACGUUCGUAUUAGCCGUUUGUUUUGAUUACGGUGUUUUCGGCCGCCGCUGUAAAGGAAAGGAAUAAACUGUGUUGUAAUUGUA